AGCAUUUAGGGAAUUGUAUUAUUUCAGUCUUUUGGGAUAUUUCCCUCUUUUAAGUUUAUACUAAGGAUUUAACAUUCAGCAAACAUAAUUGAAUAUAUAUAUAUGCAAAGCAGUAUUUUAGCCCAUUUUGUGAUCGGUACAUUAACUAUUCAGAGUGGCUUUCCAUUAGCUAAGAAGUAGAUUGCUAUAACUCCUGACAUUUUCUCAAGGGACUUCCAUGGUAAAAAAUGCAUCAGAAAGGAAGAUCAUGAAUCAAGCUAGAAAUCAGUAAAGUUUCAGCCCUGCUUGGAGUUGCCACAGAAUGAUACCAUGAAGCAGCACUAAAAUUCAAGGCAGGGAAUUCUCUGGUGGUCCAGUGGUUAGGACUCCAGCUCCAGGACUGGAGCUUUCACUGCUGUGGGCUCCUGUUAAAUCCCUAGUUGAGGGAAUAAGAUCCUACAAGCUGUGCAGCGCAGCCAAAAAAAAAAAAAAGAAAGAAUCCUUUACCAAUGAGAAAAAAUGAUGACAUUCAUAAUAAAACAAAUUUUAAAAAAUAAUAAAUAAAAAUUUAAAAAUUCAGGGCAAAUCUACACAAGGUGUGUAGUUUAAAGUAUCUUUCAAUGAAGCCAAAGGUUUGAAGCUAUCAAAUGACUUAUUAACUUUUCUCAGUCAUACAGUAUCUGGGAAGGGCAUAAAGUUAAUGUUUAUUUUAUAUAGCAGGGAGGAAUAGAACUGUUGUGUGGGCAGGAAAACAAACUAAAUUUUUUCAUAGAGAAAAAUAACUGUGGUUGAAAAUAGAAUCCAAGGAACAUGCUAAUUAGGAACACUUGAUGAAAACUAAAUUAUUAAAUAAGCUAGAAGAGAAGACCGAGAUAAAAGGAACUAAGUGUGAGAGUGGUUGUUCCUUUCCAUUAGAGUUUUGUAAGAAUGAACUCCAAUUUUAUGUAAGGAACUAUUAGGUUCAAUGAUUAAUCACAUUAGUACAAUAAGAAAUUUGACUCAGUAGUGCAAGUAAGCCAUACAGUUAAUUAUUCAUUAUAUGUUUUUAUUUGGUCUUGGAAUGUGUUUUUGGUACUUGUCUCUCUAGGGCUUUAUUUGAUAGUCUGGGAACUUAUUUCAAACACUGUGAAGAUCUGACUUAGGAAAUGCUGGGACGCAGUCCAGUGUGUUUAUCCUGACCCCUGUUCAACUUCUUCCUGCAGUCCACUCCAUGCUGGGAAUAGACAACUCUCCUCUGAGACUGAGGCUAACCAGACUAUGCAGAACUCUCUCCUCUCCAGAAUUCUCUGGAACUGGGUUGAAUGGAUUGCAGCGGUUACCAUUGCUGCUGGGACAGCUGCAGUUGGUUAUCUAGCUUACAAAAGAUUUUAUGUCAAAGAUCAUCGCAACAAAUCUAUGGUAAACCCUCACAUCCAGAAAGACAACCCCAAGGUAGUACAUGCUUUUGACAUGGAGGAUUUGGGAGAUAAAGCUGUGUACUGCCGUUGUUGGAGGUCCAAGAAGUUCCCACUCUGUGAUGGCUCUCACACAAAACACAAUGAAGAAACUGGAGACAACGUGGGACCUCUGAUCAUUAAGAAAAAAGACACUUAAAUGGACACUUUUGAUGCUGCAGACCAACUUGUCAUGAUGUUUCCUGAUCAUUUAAUUAGAAUGAGUACCACUUGUGUCUAAUUCACCUCCCCUGGGUUCUAGAUGUGGUAUAUUGCAAACUACAGCUUUCGUAUUCACGGCAUUUGCCUUACUUGUUGAACCAUCGUGGUGCACAUUUGUUGAAACAAAAAAAAAAGGAAAAAGGAAAAUCCAGUCUCAUGGACUGUGGGUUACUUUGGUCUUGUAAGGAUCCGUUUCUUUACAUUUAAAUAUGACAUUACAAUAUAGUUGUAUGGCGAAGUUAACGUAUUAAAUUAUUCUCAAAAUCA